AUGUUCUCCAAGUAUGCAGAGCUUGAUUUCCCAUUGAAGAAGAACAAAAUCGACCAUUAUUUUCGGUUAAUCGGUAGCUGCAACGGCCUCAUAUGCCACUCAAACGAUCAGUUCGGUUACCAUCUCUUCCUCUGGAACCCUUCCAUUCGAAAGAUGAUGAUUCUUCCACCAGUUUGUGUCACCUUUCAAUCACACGCUUCUCACAUAUGCAGCGUUGGCUUUGGAUUUGGAUUUGAUUCCAUCACCGGUGAUUACAAGGUCGUCCGGAUGGUGCAUUUUGAUCAAUUCAACAAGCCACCGGAGAUUCACAUUUUCAAUCUCGGCACAGGCACUUGGCGCAACAUCAGUCAUGUGGCGCUUCCGCAUAUCAUCAUCAAUGAGCGGGCUCCCCAGGCUUUUGUAAAAGGGGCUGCGCAUUGGAUUGCUUCGGAAUCGCGAAGCUAUGGACGCGGCGGCUUCUUGAUCGUGUCCUUCCACAUGGGUGAUGAGAAAUUUGGUCAAAUUAUGUUGCUUCCCCAUGCCAAUCACUUGAAUCACUUUCUGAUGCAGAGUGCUCUGUAUUUUCGUGUUGCUAAGUUACAGGAAUCACUCGCCCUCAUCCACAUUACUGGUUCUCGAGACAAUACUUGUUGCAUAUGGGGGAUGGAAGAGUACGGCGUAGCGGAGUCUUGGACUAAACUAUUCAGUAUUGAUAUGACUGGAUUCAAUAGUGUAGUUGGCUUCACAAGGGAAGGUCAAAUUCUAGUGGCAACGAGGGAUGGGUACCUGGUGGCAUAUGAACUAAGAACGGGAUUAAUCUAG